AUGGCUGCUCCUACCAUGAAAUCGACGUCAAUAUUGACGGAACACCUUCAAUAUCCGGCUAUUUCUCUUGUUGACGAUAUAAUAAAUGCAGUUAAUGAGGUGAUGUACAAAUGCACAGCUGCAAUGGAGAAGUAUUUGAUGGAGAAGAGUAUUGUUGGUGGUAGGGAUCACAGUGAAGAAAUAAAGAUUGGAAUUGCCAAGUUGGAAAGUAUAUUAGAACAGUCUGUGGAUAAAAAUUUUGAUAAAUUAGAACUCUACGUAUUGAGAAACGUUUUGAGAAUACCGCAAGAGCUGUUAGAUGCAAACGUGUUUAGACUGGCGUACCAACGAAAUUUAAUUAUUCCAUCACAGAGUGAAAGUGAAUUGAGUCGGUUACAAUUGGAGGAGAAAGCUAAACAAGUAGAAAAUGCGCUACGAAUAAAUCAAGAAUUGAAAACAAGGAUAACCAAGGCUAAAACUAUAAAGCAAAGGAUUGGUAAAUUUAAAGAACUAGUGCUAGCUGCUUUCAAAACUCAUAAUGAUGAUUCUCCUGAAUUUCAACAAAUUGUGGAAUCUUUGACUCCGCUAGAUGAUUCUUUAAAAUUACUGACGUUGCAAUUGAAACAAUUAUACCUGGAUUCAGAGGAGAAGGUCUCCAUGGAUCUUGUUCAAACUACCCAUCAAACUCUUGAAGAUUCUGGUCAUCUAAGAGCUCAUUACAUCGAUAGGGAAACGAAUAGAAUUUUGGGGCCAGUGGGGGAGAAUACCGAAUCGCCAACACCGGAGGAGCCAAUAGUGAGCUCACCGGAUCUGGAAUCGCUGAAACGAUUGACAACCUGA